GUGCUCUUCUCCAUGCAUCUCGCCGUCUCUGCGUUUGGCCAUGGUGGGCCCCUCCUUGCUUGCACCUAAAAACCCCGGUUUUCGUCUGCUCAGCCGACAAAAUGCCAUUUUUCGUCACGCUGGUCGUGGCACAUUCCAAUCAAAUGUCGACCGUUACAGCACCAUUCGCCUCUUUUUCAAACAGCAGCUCAUGACAUCCACUGCGAAUCAACCUGUUAAACGAGACAUUGGUUCGAACAUGGUUUCAAGUAUACGGUCCCGUGGUCUGGAAGGAGCAAACCCUUCGGGUAGAUGCAGGGUUCUUACGUGCCGCAAUCACUCAAGUUCCGAGCAUAAUUCGCAGCGUGGUGUCGACAGCACUCCGGGGGGUAGUAGCCAAAAGAUGGACUCGCCGCCGCCUUUGAACUGGGAAAAUUAUCCAAAACUGUAUCGCAGGUUAGCGGUGUCACUUUCCCACCUGCACCGUCCCACCAGGGAUGAUUUCCUCAAAGUCGCAGACGGCUUCUGGCAGCGGUUGCGCAUACGCUUCAAGUGGUUCACCAUCAGGUCAUUUCGAAAAUUCAAUGCCGACGACAUAUCUGCGUUCAUUACCUGGUUCCUUAUGAGCCAAACACUGUGGAUCUUCAUCGGCACAACCACUUUUUUUUCGGUUGUCUUCGCUACUGCCAAUAGUUUGCGACUACAAGAAUACGUUGCCCGAGGUAUUUCCAAUUAUUUAACUAGUGAAAGGGGGGUUACUGUUAUCUUCGAGUCCGCCAUCGUACCAAAAUGGAAGGACUCCCGAAUAUCAUUCAAAAACGUGUAUAUUUCUCGGCGACCUCAAUCAAUACCAACAGUCCCACCUAAGAAACCUUCUGGACAUAGAGCAGCGGUCGGGUACGAUGUGAGUAGUCACCCCGCAUACAACGAUCCUGUCGAAGAAGACGAAGAAAUUUCUCCGAGCCACGAGGAGGACGACCUGAAUUACACAAUGUUCGAUCUGAAUGUCGACUCGAUCGAUGUUACCUUAUCUCUUCAGCGCUGGUUCGACGGGAAGGGUCUCGUGGAGGACGCUGUGGUCAAGGGCGUCCGUGGUGUGAUAGAUCGUCGUUCCGUCUAUUGGGAUCCGGAAAACCCCCUUGACCCAGCUGCGUUCCGCCACCCCGCUCACCAAGGUGACUUUGAAUUGCAAUCACUUCAACUCGAAGACGUUCUCGUCACCGUUUAUCAGCCUGGAGAUUUCCGGCCGUAUACCACGUCUAUCUUUCGCGCUGACAUUCGGAAGUUACGGAAACAAUGGCUAUUUUACGAUUUCCUGUCUGCAGAAAACGUGGUCGGGCAAUUUGAUAACUGCCUUUUCAGCCUACACAAGCCGCAGAGUAUCGGACGGACAACGGAACAGGAUCUUAGAGAUGGAAAAUGGUCCCGAAUGUCCAGGAUACGUAUCGAUGGUGUCAACAUAGACCAUUUACAAAACUCUACAACAGAUCAAGGUGGACCCCUUUCGUGGAUUACAUCCGGAAAAGUCGAUGCUGUUCUAGAUAUCAAAUUUCCUCGGGAUCUCGAGGAUGAGUUUCCCUUCAACGCCAUCCUGGGGGAGUUGGCAGAGGUUAUUACCACGGCAGCUACGGUAUCACUCAAUAUCGAUCGUAUUCCGGGCCAGAGAGAGCUUGCAAAGCCCCCAUUAAGCGCCCCUUUCACUGAGGAGAGCGGAGGAGAUUCAGAUAAACCUAAAGUUGUGAUCGAUAUAGACUUGCGCUUCCGAGAUCUGAAAGCCUCCGUUCCGCUCUUUACCUCGGACUUGACCUACGUCAACAAUGCGUUGAUUAGGCCCAUCGUGGCAUUUAUGAAUGCACAUCACACUCUUGUGCCUAUCCAUUGCAGAGUAAUCAAAGACUUCUCCGACUUUGAUGGCGCGUGGACAAUGUGGGAAACUGGACUGAUGGAUGAAAUAUCCCAAAAGGUGUACGAUGCGUUGGCGUAUCACGUUACUGAAGUCAACAUGAACCGACGGGUGAGAGCAGUGGGGGUUUGGAGCCUGCAGAUGACGGCGAGCACAAUGCUGUCUGCGCUGAGGAACCUGAUUGACCCCAUGGCCGCCCAAGUUAGGGAAAUGUACCAUGCGAACGGGUUUCCUUUCGAUAUCCAAAUUCCUGGCCCGUGAACUUGGUAUGAUAGAUAACAGAAUGUUCUGUGAAAAUGAAUUCGACCCCCAUUCAUAUCCUACAUUUAAUCCUACGCUCUAAUGCUGAAAGUACCUGUAGUGUACCCCUAAUAUACUCGUGGUACAUGGAAGUUCGUAGUGUCCUAUGUAUUACCUCGCUGGGUCAGAGGGUGCAUCGGCAAUGGUCCCAAAGAUGGUAAGCUGUCUCCG